AACAUCUAAUUCUGCUCUCUUUCUCUCGAUAUUUAUUUAUUUAUAUAAUUAUUAAAAUAAAUAAAUUAACACACUCGUCGACAGCCGCACCUCUUCCUCAUCAUAAAUCUCUCUUUUUCUCUCUGCUUUUGUCUUCAACAUAAAACAAAGAAACCGAAAAGCCAGCAGAGACUCCUACCAAAUCUCUCUUUCUCUUCUUCAUCAAUGCCUGCUCAGAGGCGGUCUUUGCAAGACGAUCAUCUUCCUUACAACAGCGAUGACCAACACCAACAAGACCCUGCUCACCACAACCUCCACGCCAAGCCAUCACUACAUCUAGAUAGCAAACAACCACUCCAGCACCAAGAAAGAGACAAAGACAUUAAUUUGGAAGAAGAAAAAAUCGAAGCUUGCCAAGAUGGAGAUGAAACUGAAGAUGAAGAUGACGAGGAUUCUGAAGCUACCCCAUCUUCUACUUCUCAAGAUAAACCUGAAUUUGUCUAUGUAGAACUGCCUGAAAUUCGCAAAGAUGUGCAGUGUCCAAUUUGUUUAGGGAUCAUAAAGAAAACACGAACUGUGAUGGAAUGCCUGCACCGUUUUUGCAGGGAAUGCAUAGACAAGUCAAUGAGGCUAGGGAACAAUGAAUGUCCUGCUUGCCGCACACACUGUGCCAGUCGGCGUUCUUUGAGAGAUGAUCCAAACUAUGACGCCCUAAUUGCUGCUUUAUAUCCUGACAUUGAUAAAUAUGAAGAAGAGGAAUUGGCUUUUCAUGAAGAAGAAAGAACCCGAAAUAAGCAGGUCAGAUGCCAUGGUACACAUAUUCAAGCAUCUAUUGCCCAAAUAUUUCAAAGACAAUCAGAAGCACUAGUUAAGAGACGCACACAGGGUAAAGAAACACUUAAUGCAUUUAUGACAAGACCACAGCGAAAUUCUCGUAGUGUUCAUUUGAGAACAAGAAGAAACUGCCGAGGCACUGAACACCAAGGAUCGGAAGACAAUGAGGAUAAUCAUGAUGAAAAUGCAGGCAAAGAAUCAUCUUCUACUGAUGAGCUCUGUACAGAAGUUCCGCCAAGAAAGCGUAAGAGACGACGAGGAACUUGGCCAUCCCAGCCUUCAACAUCAGCAGCAAACUCAGAUGGUGCAUGCUUUGAGAAUGAUUCAGCAGAAGUGGCCAGAGAUAGUAGAGGAAUAUCUCCUGGGCUUGUUUGGAACCUGGAAAUGCUUGCUUGGGGCAGGGGUGGUGCUCGGAGUAACACGCGACAUGGCAAUGCUAGUGUUUGUAAUAAUAAGAGUUUGCGAAGUGCCCGCUUAAAUAAGCUGGUAGAAUAUCUCCGGGGGUUACAUGAAAAUGAUGAUGAGCUAGAUGUUCAUCUCAAGCUUGUUUCUUUGGAUGACCAAAAUACGGCAAAUUUGCAGCAGCCUUACCUUAGUUGUCGGCCAACUUUGUCAGUUAAAAACCUUUGUGAGCUUCUUGUGGAUGUCCACAGUAUGUCUCACUCCAGACCCCCUUGCAAGCUGAGGAAAUUGAAAUAUUUUGGGCGAAAGAGCAACUCGAUACCAGUGGCAACCUGUCCACCCCAAAUCCUUCAACAGAUGCCCUGCAGAUUUUGGAAGGCCAAGAAACUUUGGCAGGGCUAAGAGUCAAUUGCACUUCCAAUAGGGAUCAUCUGAUUUUAGCAUAUAGGCGGAAACAGAGUAGCUAGCAAAAUUUUUGGAAGUUACAGGAUAAGGUCAGACUAAUUUGUUUGAUAUAUGGAGGUUUCAAGUUCAUCAAUUGAGGCAUUGUUUUCUGGUCUUUGAUGUAAAUUUUCUCCUGUUUGGAGAAAUUAACAUUGUAAGCUUAUGACUGGGACAAUUUCAAAUUGCACUUAAAAAGGGAAAUUUCUGUGAGUUUAUUAGUUUGGUCAGCAUCUUUUUGCAUCAAAAGUUGUAUUUUCUCAGGAGUUGUACAAGUAUUUUUUUUCACUAAUCAUUACUAUUCUAGAUACGUCGAGGUGUGGGAUUAUUUGGACUACCCUAUUCAACCAGAUUAUAAUAGUCAACAAAUUAUUAUUCAA